AUGGCUGCCUCGACGUCGAUACCGGAGUAUCAGAUGCAUCCCGAGGGCCGCACGUGGCGGAACCAUUUCCCCAAGGGCGAUCUUUGGGUGUUUGGUUAUGGGAGUUUAAUCUGGAAGCCGCCGCCACAUUACGAUCAGCGAGUCCCUGGAUAUAUCAGUGGCUAUGUGCGGCGGUUCUGGCAGGCUAGUGCCGACCACCGAGGGACAGAAGAGCAACCCGGACGGGUAGUCACUGUGAUUGAGAGAAACUUUUGGGAGACACUAGACGACCCGCUCGCCCACCUAGAAUCCGAAUCCGCCUCCACAGGCAAAGUCUGGGGCGCAGCAUACCACAUCCCAACCUCGCACGCCGAGGAAGUCCACGACUACCUCGACGACCGCGAAAUCAACGGCUACAGCGUGCACUACACGCCAUUCCACGCCGUAUCAGGCGUCUCAGCAUCCACGGCAACCAAGACGCCCGACCCGGACGACACACCCACUUCCGUGUCGGGUGGAGGAGCAACCCCGAUCAUCUGCAUGGUCUAUAUCGGACAGCCCAGCAACCCGCAGUUCCUGCGCGACCCGGCCCAGCGCGAGCCGCAGGAUGUCGCGCAGGUUAUUAGUACUGGUCACGGGAAGAGCGGCAAGAACACGGAGUAUCUGUACUUGCUUGAGAAGGCCCUUGAGGGGUUGGGGCUGGGGACUGCUGAUGUCCAUGUUACGGAUUUGGUGCGCCGGGUUAAGGCUAUUGAGGCGGGGGAUCUGGCGGACGCGGAGGAGAGGGAGGCUGAGCGGGAUGUUCGGAAGUAUUUGGGUGAAGAGUCCGGGACGGUGCGCGAGGAUGAUCAUUCCAAGAUUGAAUGA